AUGGCUGAUUUACCGGUAGACCGACUAGAGACCGUGCCUCUAUUCACGUACCGUGGUGUUGAUCUGUUUGGACCUUGGUUAAUUAAGGAGGGCCGCAAGGAACUUAAGCGGUAUGGAGUUUUAUUUACCUGUUUAUCAAUUCAUAUCGAAACUGCUAACUCUUUAGAUACGAGCUCUUUCAUUAAUGCCUUGAGAAGAUUUGUGUCUAUCCGCGGACCCGUAAGGCAUCUUCGGUGUGAUCAAGGAGCUAACUUUGUUGGAGCCGAAGGAGAAUUUACUAAGGCAAUGUCUGAAUUGGAUUUUGACCGAAUCCGUCAAUAUCUACUUGAACAAAACUGUGAUUUCGUACAAUUUAAGAUGAACGUUCCGUCUGCUAGCCACAUGGGUGGCGUUUGGGAAAUACAGAUACGUUCUGUCCGAAACAUUCUUUCAACUUUACUAUGUCAGCUAGGAACUCAGCUUGAUGAUGAGUCGUUGAGAACUUUAAUGUCUGAAGCAACAGCUAUAGUGAAUAGUCGACCACUUACGUUGGAAAACCUGAACGAUCCGCUUUCCGUUGAACCGUUGACACCAAAUCAUUUAUUGACUAUGAAAAGUAAAGUUUUUCUACCACCACCUGAAAACUUCAUGAAAAACGACGUAUAUUCCAUAAAGCGCUGGAGACGGGUUCAGUUUCUUGCAAACGAAUUUUGGAGUCGUUGGAGGAAAGAGUUUCUUUCAAAUAUCCAGUCUAGGCAAAAAUGGAUCGCUCCGAAGCGAAAUUUAUCUGUUAGUGACAUUGUUAUGAUUAAGGAUGACAAUUUAGAGCGAAACAUGUGGAGACUAGGUCGAAUUUGCAAAACAUUCGUUGAUGAUAAUAAUUUAGUCCGAAAAGUAAGACUCGCAGUAGGAUCAACGAAUUUUGAUCGUAGAGGAGUCCGUAAGUCAAAGCUCACCGAACUAGAACGACCAAUCCAUAAGUUGGUCUUACUCCAGGAGACCGAAUAA